AUGCUUCGCAGUGCUCUCAGUUUCACAGCAGCAGCAGAGACAGCAGCAGCAGCAGCAGCAGCAACGGCAUGGAGGAAACGCUGGUUUGUGCUUCGAAGAGGUCGCAUGAGCGGCAAUCCAGAUGUAUUGGAAUAUUAUCAAAGCAAGAACUCGAAAAAGCCGAUCCGCACCAUCGAUCUGAAGGAGUGUGAGGUGGAAAUGCUAAACGGGCAGCUCAGGAUAAAGCGAGACUUUCACGGGAAGCACCUCUUUGUGGUGAAGACCUCGUCUCGUGUGUUUUACCUGGUGGCCAAAACGGAGGAGGAGAUGAACAGCUGGAUCAAUAGCAUCAGUCAGAUCUGCCAGUUUGGGAGCCUGGAAGAUGCAGAGAGUUCAGAAGAAGGUUUUCCUCACACCCCCACAUCUCUUCAUCCGUCACCUGACAGCUCUGACCGAGUGUCUGUAUCCAGCCAACCAGAUUCCAGUCACCCACUGGAUUACCUGUUUCUCUCCCAGUGUGAGACGGGGCGUGUAAGAAACGACAGCUUUUCGAACUCUGAGAUCUCUCUGGAGCAGAAGUCCUCAGAAGACGCUGUCCGGGACAUGGUCCCCUCACCUCUCUGCACUGAUUCCUGUUCGUCCUCCAUCUUUAACUGCAGCCCCACAUCCUCCGUCUUCCUCCACGGACGCUUGAGUAACCCUCCUUUCAGCGCUCCGUGCUCCUCCCUGGCUCUACCGUCGUCCUCCUCGUCCCCACUACGCCACUGUGCCGCCAGCGUCUUCCAGUUCGACCAACCGUAUUCUUCUUCUGCGUCGUUUGAGGCCAGCGAUGGACUAACGCCUCCUCCGCUGCCGCCAAAGUCUAACCACCUGUCGGAGCAGCUGAGUGAUGAAGGAGCUCACAGGCCGAGGCCAACAAGUGCCCGACAUUUCUCAAACCAUGGUGCAUUAUUCCUCCGGAGGACCUCUUUGUCAGGCCUGGACCAUUUCAGAAUAGGAGAUGCUGACAGCAGGUUGAUGAGGAACCGGAGGCAGAGUCUUAAUUUGCAGGUUCAGAGCUACCAGGACGAGUCCUAUGUCCCCAUGGCGUCCCCGUCUCCCUCCGUCCCCGCCACUGAGAGUGACGGCUACAUCCCCAUGAGCCCCAGGACCUUCAGUUUCCUCAACCCAAGCUGCAGCUUCGAGUCCUCCGUGACUCUCGGCACACUGAUGUGUCAACCUGGAGAUCUGGCUCCGCCUCCGAUUCACCGCCAUCUCAAACCUCGCCUGAGGAGAGCUCGACCUCCACCUCUUGACCUGAGAGGCCUCUCUACAAUCACAGAGUGUCCCACUCAUCUCCCUCUGAGAACAAUGACUGACUCAUGCUUUGCAGUGAACUGUUUACCUCUUGAAAGAAGAUUUGAGAAAGGCGACAAUCCAAGAGAUGGAGAGACAAACUGCACUGCCAUGGAUGGAGCGGUUCAACAAUGGGCCAGAAGAUCAAACCUGGACUAUUUAUCACUGGUUUUCAAUUCUGCAUCCCCCUCUCCUGUGCAGAAGCAGAAGCCCUUCCUCUCUGAUGAGCACAGAGUGGAUUAUGUGCAGGUGGAUGAGAAGAAGACUCAGGCGCUGCAGAGCACCAAGAUGGAGUGGACAGAUGUCCGGCAGUCAAAAACAUAAAUGGAAGAAAGUGUACAUGCUGAAAAAAAAUCAGGAACACUUGGUUUCACGAAAAACACCAGCGAGGAGCACAUUUAUGAAGAGGACCAAAAACAAUUUAAAAGCACUUUGAAAAACAGUAUUAAAAUGAACAAGCAGUUAGAUGCCUGUUUAUGGCGUUGAAAUACAAAAUUGCACUGUAAAACUUUCUCUCUCAGUAUAUCAAUAUUGUAAAUAAUACCAGAUUGUGCACUGUAUCAUGAUUUUAACUGUAGCGUAAUGUUUUUCCUAAAAGGGCAUCAUAUUGCUUCACUGCAAAAAAAAUAUGGAAGACUUGCUAUAAAUGUAUGUACAGUAAGUGUGUCUGUAAAUAAGACAAAUAUUUUGAUGAUAACAUGUUUUUGAAUAUUUUUUUUCACUCAUUAUGUAUCAUAAGUCAAAAUGAUCCAUCAUGCUGAGCUUUCUCUGUCUCCUGCUAAUUCUGUGAUCUUCAUAUUGAAGUUUUUUUUUUCUUUUUUACUUGUUUUGGUAUUGUGAUUACUCCAAGAGAUUCUGAAAACAAGCCAGACAUUGUUUCCCUGUUUCCCCCCUCAAGGUCUGAAAAAGUUAUCUUUGGUUUUAAGAUUUUAAGAAAAGAUAUGAAUCUUAAGAGGGGAUCAUAACUGAUCAUAAUGUAUCUUGCGUCAAGCUAAUAAUCACGUCCGUGAGUCAAAAUUCAGGAGGCUGAAAUUUGGCACACACAAACAUGGUCGCAGCUAUUGCAAAUUCACGCUUGUGUUUUUUUAAUUUAUUGUGUUUUUGUAAUUUAUUAUUAUGAUGUCUUUUGUCCUGUGUACAUGACCUCUCCAUUGGCAUUUCCUGAUGUUUAAGUAUAAAUAAAGUUUAUAUUUUUUAAAAACUUUCGAA